UGGCGUUUCGUGCGAAGAUUCUCCGGUAUCUCUGUGAAAAAAAUAUUGCUCCUCAAAAACUUAGGCGAAAUGAUUACCCGUUAUUCCAGAUGCCUACGAAAACUUCGUGUGUGACAUGACUUGCUUCUCGCGCCCGGGAGGAUGAGUAAUUCGUAUGAGAAUUUUCAAGGAUCGCCGUUCAACGGUAUCGUGGGUCAAUCUAAUCAUGCCUCCAUGUCGAGGAAUAUGUCGUGGAUCCCUGCGAGUUUCUCGAGCCCGGUUGUGGUGCAGUCCCCCACGACUAGCCUGUUGGAUCCCUCUGUUCAUUAUAUAAACGGUACCAGUGUUCCGUCUACCCAUCUGCGUAAUGCCCUUACCCAGAAUUCGGGCACAUCUCAUGGCGGACAAGGAAGUAACCCGCAACCUGCAACAACAGCCAUUCCAUCGGAACCAUCACAGGCACAGCCUCUUAUACGUGUUAAACCAAUCGAGAGUUUACUUGAAAGAAGAGUUGCUCCGCAGUCUGCAACUUCUGCGAGUGGUGGAUUGUGGACGAGUGUAUCUGCAGCUGUGCCAAAACCAGUUCCAUCUUUGAGAUUCCCUGUCAAUAAUCAACCUGCGGCACAAUUCAGAAUGAUGAAUGCUCAUCAGACUGCCCGACGAACGCCAAUUCCGAAUGGAUUUCAUUCUGGUUGUGAAAAUGGGAUCACAUACGCUCCUCGCACUUCGAUACUCAGGACAAUUUUGCCGCCAGUUCAGCUCCAAAGGUGUCUUGAAUGCGGUUCAAAAUUUUUAAACGAAUCGGCGCUGAAGCAACACAUUGAAAUGAUGCACAAGCGAAAAAACCUUUUGUCCACUACUUCAAUUCCAACCAGUGUUGCAUCCACAUCUUCUGCGACUACUUCCAAUGGAAAUUCUUCCGUGCGAAAAGUUGGCAAUGUUUUAAUUCGGCCAGCUUCCUCGGCUCUGGCCAAAAUGAAGUUGGAAGCUGAUAGCAAAAGGCCAUCCGGUGUUCAGAUCGUUAAGCUACAACACAAAACUCCGGAGAGCAACAAUUUUGCCACCAGUUCAGCUCCAAAGGAUGCAUCAAACUCCAGAGAUGGUCUCACCAUUACUGUCAAUCCAGCUCGAUCCACUACUUCAAUACCAACCAGUGUUGCAUCCACAUCUUCUGCGACUGCUUCCAAUGGAAAUUCUUCUGUGCGAAAAGUUGGCAAUGUUUUAAUUCGGCCAGCUUCCUCGGCUUUGGCCAAAAUGAAGUUGGAAGCUGAUAGCAAAAAGCCAUCCGGUGUUCAGAUUGUUAAGCUACAACACAAAACUCCGGAGAGCAGAGAGACGAGCAAUGUCAGAGCUGUUCUACCUGAAUCCGCGACCUAUUCAGCGUCACUUGCCUUGAGGAGAAUGGCACAGGCGUCGAAACCUGCGUUGGAAGUUUGUUCUGAACCUUCAACAAUGAACGUUGACACCUACUCGCCCGUGGACGUUAUUGUGAAUGGGAUUUUAAAUCGUGCGACUUCUGUUUCGGAAGCUCCUGUUCCUGAGUCUUCCAUCUCAGUAUCCUCUUUGGAUGAACUCCUGGUUAAAGCGCUGAAAAGUCCGAGGAAAAUCCCGUCGCGAAGUUCUGUCCCGAACGAAGAGUCUGGCAUCCGUGUGGACAUGGGAGAUAAUUCCGGCGUUCCCGCUACUUUUUCUGUUGAUACGAACUCGGAGAUGAAACCAGAGAAUGAAAUAUUGCAGUCGAGCAGUUCAAAAGCUGAUGAUGUGCCAGUCAGUAAAGUGUCUAGUGAAAAUCGAUUGCAAGCACCAACAGCACGAACUGUUUCCAGCAGUAAUGCAGUGCCAAGAAUCACUGCCCGUGUUUCGGGAGCCACUCAAAAACCUCGUCGUCAGAGAUCUCAGGACGGCAAAUCGCGAAAGAAGAAAGUCAUUCCGAGAGAAUAUCGUGCCAAGAAGUUUGUACGUCGGCAGAAGAAGGCUUCAGAUUGCGGGAAAGCAGUGGUGGAUCUGAGGACUGUAGAUCUGAAUGCUGUAAUGGAAGGAGCAGAAAUUUUGCCAGAUGACCGAAUCAAGAUAACANUUUCAGAGAAUAUCGUGCCAAGAAAUGAAAGCUCAUCGAGUUCCUCAUCAGACGGAUUCAAACCGAGGACACGCCUCAAGGAUUAUUGGGUCUGUGAAGCCGACUGCUCCAGUGGUGAAGACUCUGAUACCACUGCAAAAGCCUUGCUGAAAUUCCGACUCGCUCGUCAAAUGAAGCAAUCGAAAUGCGGAAGAAAUGUCAAAACGGAAAAUACGGUUUCUGGAAAUUCGCCGACGCGGCGUACUACACCUCUCGAAAAGUUCUUCUCAAACGGGUAUCGAGAUUUCAACUGGAAGCAAUUCGACAAACUCUUCCCUUAUCAGUGUCCUGUUUGUUAUACGUUUUCAACCGAAAUUAUUGACGAUGUGACGCAUCCUGAAGAAGAUUGCAAUCAAGCCAAUUUGAGACUUCGUCGAGCCUACGUCGAUAUGGGAGAUUGCGUGGAAAGUGUGGCGAAUCCAAUUUCUAUGCGAAAUGAGUUGGAGUCUAGUGAUGAUGAAGGAUUUGUUCCGGUGAGGAAACGGCGACGGGUUGUCGUGUAUUCCUCUGACGAAGAAACGACGUCGGAGAGCUCAAAAGCCGACGUGGCCUCUGAGAACUUGUCAAAAAACACGGUGUUGAAAACUGCCCAAAACAGAUGCCCAUUAUCGGAUAAAUUGGAAACCGUCAUCAACGCAGUCAUUGUCAAUGGGAAGAAAAUGUUGGACAUGAAUUCAACUGCGGGCGGAACACUGGCCAGUGUCAGGGUCUUCAAGAACUUGGAAACCAAGCGCAAGUUGUACUCUCCAGUGAAGAACAGUGCCAUUGAGGAAAGAGCCAUGAACUCCAUCAUUCGGAAGCUCUGUGUAGAUGUCAGCUUUGAGCUUAGUGUAUCAGUCCAAGAAACUGGAGGCAUUGCGAGUCCAAUUUUGGACAAGGUGAAGGAAGAAUCUAUUGCUGACAAAAUUUCCGGAAGCACAAUAUCGGACUCUGCGCAAGGAUCUCCUCUAGUUGAAGAAUGUGAUCCUCCACGAGAAAUGCAGCAUCUCCCUGAUGAAACGAUUUCAGAAGCACUUGAGGAUCCUGUCUCAGAAGUACCACUUGACGCUGCAGAAAAAACUGUGGACACUGCCAGAACAGACUUCGUUUUGAAACUUGUCGACGUGUCGAAAGCAGCCAAGAAAAAGAAAAAGUUGUCUGGAACUGACGCUGUCGCCAAGAAGAAAAAGAAGAAGAAGAAAAUGAAUGGUUGUUUAUCUUCUGAUGGUUCAGAUACAAAACCAGAGGAAGUUGGUGAGUGCAAAUUGCCGGUUGUCCGCAUUUCUUUGAAGAGGGAAAAUCUCGGCGAAGAACCGAGUCAACACUCUUCCGAAAAGAAGAAGAAAGCGGAAGCUUCAGAGCAUUCCGUCGAUGAAGUGCAGGGAAUGAAGAAUAUUUCCACCGAAGAGACUGUGGAGAAGGAAGAUCGCCCGCUGAAGAAGAAGAAAAAAAAGAAGAAGAAGAAGAAGCAUUUGGAAACCACGACAAUCAAUGAAGAGUCGACCGUGACUUCAGAAACGAACUCUGACCAAAUAACCUCGUGUACAAGUUCAGAUAGUGAUCAUGUUAAUACUUAUUGCUGCAACGAAUGCUCUUCGACAUUCACAGGAGUGCGAGACACUGUCGAGCACAUCAUCACAGAGCAUUGCAAAAAGAAAUACCCUUGCUUCUUUUGCCCGCGAGACUUUUUGUCGUGGAAGUCGUUUGGUUCUCAUUUGAAGUUCCACAAGGAUCCCAGUGCUCUCGUCAACACGGCGCUUAGGGCAGAGUUGAAACUGUUGAGAAAGUUUUUGCCGAACGAGAAAGUCCCUGCAUUCGGCACCAAAUCUGAGCUGAUCGCCAUUUCUCAAGCAGCCUUGAAGGCGGCGAAGUUAUUACCGGAGUCUGAUUUCUUGCAAGAGUUGAAGAGACGGACGUUGGAUUGCGGGAUGACGCAUGAUGAUCUGAUCAAUUACGUGAUGUCAUUAAUUUGUAAUUCAAGUUUGCAUCGGCCUGUCGAACUGAAUUCGGAUGCAGUUCUGGAGGAGCCGUCGUCGGAACGCGAUUCUUCUCGUAGCCUUCCUCUCUGUCGUUUCCUUGCUUUACUUCUCCACUCGCUUGGCUGCUAUGGAAUCGUCUCUCGAGUCCGUUGAGAUUCCAAAGUCAAUUUUACCGACAGAAAGACGAAACAUGAGCAACAGACCAGAGCUCGAUGUACACGCUUUUUAUUACCCGUGGUACGGAAACCCGGAAAUCGAUCACCAGUGGUUGCACUGGAAUCACGAACUCCUGCCGCAUUGGGACCCUAAAGUUCGGGCUCGUUACAAAAGUGGGCGACACGAACCCCCGGAUGACAUUGGAGCUAAUUUUUAUCCGAAAUUGGGAGCUUAUAGUUCGAGAAAUUCAUCUGUGAUUGACGAGCACAUGCGAGAAAUGUAUUCAGCUGGCAUUGGUGUCGUAGUUGUUUCGUGGUAUCCUCCCGGUCAAGCAGAUUCUCAAGGAAAACCCUGGGACGACCUCAUUCCUAAAAUUCUCGAUGCCGCUGCCGAACACAACCUUCGAGUCACAUUUCACAUAGAACCCUUUGAAGGAAGAACUGUCGCUUCAAUUAAGAAAUCAAUCGAAUACCUAGUGGAUACGUACGGUGACCACAUCGCCUUCUACAGGAAGACUCGUGGUGUGAAAACUCUACCCUUGUUUUACUUCUACGACUCGUACCAAGUCAAUAACGAUGUUUGGCACUCCAUCUUGUCACGCCAAGGAACGCAAUCCAUAAGAAACACCGCUUUCGAUUGCAUCGCCGUGGGACUCUUAGUCAAUUUACAACACGGGGAAAGCCUGAAAAAGGCCGGAUUUGAUGGAUUCUACACUUAUUUCGCGUCGAACGAGUUUUCUUACGGCUCCACUUGGAAACAUUGGGCGUCGUUGUCGAUGUUCGCUCGGAAAAAUGGAUUGAUGUUCGUACCUUCCGUCGGCCCGGGUUACGUGGACACUCGGGUGCGGCCGUGGAAUGCAGUGAAUACCAAGGAGAGGAGUGAAGGCAAAUAUUACGAAAUCGCGUGGAAUUUUGCGAUGAAAGCUAAUCCGAGUGUGAUCACGAUUACGUCUUAUAACGAGUGGCAUGAAGGGACCCAGAUUGAAUCUGCUGUGCCGAAAAGUGUGGGAAGCUAUGUGUACAGUGACUAUGGUGACGAGGAUCCCGAGUUUUAUUUGAAAUUGACUCGGAAAUUUGUGAGUGAGUGGCUGUCGCGGAAACGCAAUUGAGAGAGCGUGCAUUGAAUCGGAAAAUCAAUUUAACUUUAGGUUGCUGGGAAUUCUCGGAAAUCAAAAUCCAGGUGGAAUCGAUUGACUGCGGAAGGCAGUAAAUCGAAUGCAAUCUUAAAGCGAUUUAUUAUUUGAUGCUUUCUUAUUCAAACGCUUUUGUUCCGAUUUAUAUUCCGUGGACACAUUGCUAAUAUGACUACCGUUUUGAGACGAACUCAACUGUACUGAUACCGUUACUGUCUGAUGAACAGCUUCAUCAGACAAUAUUUUUAGUUGCGUUUUUGCGUAUGUGGAAGCUUCACGUUUUCAUUUUGAACUUCAAUGUUGGAAUAUUGAUCCGGUGAUUCGGAAAUACUCUGGGGGACUCCAAAUUUAUUCAGGAAUCGCAUUGCACACUUCUUCCAGUAAUCACUGUUCCCUGAAAAAAAUCAGAAUUUUGUUCAUGUCUGAGAAAUCGAAAUUUUUCAUGGCAAUUAUUGGAAUAAAUAUUUUUUUCGCAGCGA